AGCGAAUCGAUAGUCUCUCGAUAGUCGGACAUACAGGUAACUACAGUCCGACCGGCCCGGAUAUUGCUCGGCAGAGCUCGCACGAGGAAGAGACAGGUCUCACGCAGUUCUGUGAAAUCCGUUUAGAUUCAAUCCAUUUCAAUUCAGUCAACACACAUCGAUGUCUACAAAUAUUUCGGAGACAUUGUCCAAGAAACUUCACUCAAGGAAGUAACGAUUUCGCACCUUUUCCCUGUCGUCUGCUUGUGACCGCCUGCUUGGAUUAUCGUCUGCUCGGGCUAGGAUAAACGCCACGUUUCGCCCGCCUGUGAGGUGAAGUCAACUCGCCCCACCCAAACACAACUGAACACACGUGUUGAUGAUGUUGCAGUGAAAGAGAUGUCGUGGAAUGACGGCGGAGGGGGAACCUAAGACAUGACACUAAAAGGACUGGGUACCAAUGCCUCCAUUUACAAAACUCCCGACGACAGCCAAAGCUCCAACGACACAGAUUCAACAUGCACGGAAGUGGAGACCGUCCAGUCAAGCCUGUGCUGUCUGCAGGGAUGUUUGGCUGCCUCCGCUGUGGGUUUCGCCUUCUUUGUAGGGCUCCCGUCGGGAAUCCUGCUCGUGUUCUACGCCUCAAAGAACCAGGAACCGACGCUGCUUGCUGUAGGGGGCGUCUUGGUGGCACUUCCGGUCUUGACCCUAAUAAUUUUCUCCAUUAUCUGUCUGUUUAAAAGCAGAUUCAAGAGAUUAAACAAACGCAAGAACAAUUCCGUCCAGAAAGAUCCAGGAGAAGAUAACUCUAGGUAUUGAAUUGCUCACUUCCGGUUGAAUGUAUGACAAGGCUGAGAGGAGGUUUCCUUUGAAUUGUAUACGUUGUGAGAUGUCGUCGCUGAAAGCUGAAUAAUAGUUCAUGCGGCCGAAGCCAAUACCCACUCUCUCACACACUUUCUGAAAUCCAAAUAAAACGUAUCCGGUAUUGGGUGCUGCCACGUCUUUCAAAGGGGUGAUAUCUCAAAGUCCCAAUAAUGUCGGACGGAGCCGUGCCAUAGAAAAACAGACAUUCCUUAUUCGGUUUGGUUGUGAUAGCAUAAUGUCCGGAAUCCUCCCAAUUGACUGCCAACAGACGGAGUUUGUCCCUCGCUACACAUUGGAAUAUUACCGAAGCCUGGUUUAGCAAGCUUUGAAAACAGGGUUCCAAAUAUUGGUGCGAUCUAUUUGUCAGUACCACGAGGCAGCUGCUAUUACCACGUGACCUCGCCCAAAUAUUUCUGUCCAACUCGUCCCCGAACUCAUAUACAUAGUGGUGUCACAUAACAACAUAUUUAAAGGAUGCCAUUGAGCCACACCUGAAGGCUUGAAGAUCUAAAGUAACACGUGAUCUAAAUACGUCACAGUGGAAUUUCCUUUCUGUACACUUGCGGACUUUUGUGAAGAAAAAACCCAGUGAAGUUACAAAGAACAGCAUAAUGUAAGUCUUGUCCUGGAAUUAAGCAGCGCCAGGAAUGAACGCUCGAUGAUUACCAGUUCCUAGUGCGAGAUUCAUUUUUUGUAUAAUCUUUUUGUGGGAUAUUUUGCUAUGCGUGUGUCGUGGGCUGUUUUUUAAAGUCUGGUUGGUCAUCGUAUGUUAAAAUGAUUUCUAUAACGGACAACAAUAUGUGCCAAAUACAUAUGAAUAUUUUCUUAUCUGUGAGGUCCUUUGAUAUAUUUCGACAGGGAUAAUUGAUAAUUUCAUAUUUUUCAAAAAGAUGUCGAGCUAUGAACGCAGUGGUCAAAGGGAGAUAAUUAAUUACUGUAAAUCGGCCGUGUGUUUUCUAAGAUGAGAGUGAAGUGAAAGUAACUCCUCUUUUUCUCAAAACGUUGACUACGUAAAACUUUUUAGUAAUCCGUACCAUUCCGUGUCCGUAGCUGCAACAUAUAGAGAAUCUCACCCUCGUGUCUUUUGAUAUCAAAUAUAUCAUAUCAAUUGCAUAUUCCAUAUCAAAAGACACGAGGGUGAGAUUUUAUUUAUCAUCCAACAU